AUGUCAGUGGCGUUUCCCCACGCACCGCUGAGCUUGGUGCCCGAGACCGACAAUUGCACGACCAACUGGCACAGCAAUCCCACUUCGUCAGCGUUGUUCUCAUAUCCGCCAGCCGACAACACCUCUGAUACCACGCCCAAGACUCCCACCAGCAUGCCGACUCUGGCAAACCAGACCGGAAUCCCAGGCCUCGCACCUCAUAUAGGUACCGCAGCGUUCGGCGUCGUGAUGAAGCAGGCCCAGACGGCGGCAGCCAAGGCCGUCUUUGCGAGGUUGCAGUCCUACCUCCCAGAACUCCCAUCUCCUUCGGCUUUGUGGACUGGCGCAGGCGAGACAGCGAGCGCCUACUACUCCGGCGCAUCGAGCAUGGCCAAGACUGGGUUUGAUGCGGCAAGUGACCUCGCCUCGAGCGCAUACAGUGCCACCGCCGACUGGACAGGGGAGGCGAUGCACAAAGGAUUCGAUGCGUCAAUGACCUAUGGGGCGUGCGCGGCCGAUGCGGUGAGCGAGCACCCGUGGAUGGCGAUGGCGGGCUUGGCGGCGACUGCUGUUGCAGGUGGCGCUGGGCUGUACUACAUGUCGGGGAGGCAGUCGGAAGAGGCGUCGGCGAGGUCGACCAAGAAGCCGACGACGCAGAACAGCCUGACUUCGAAGCUGCGGACUCUGAAGUCGGUCCUGAAGAGGAAUGCGGGGUUACUAGGCUGA